CAAAUUUAAAACUUAAUAAUAUAUUUUUUGUGUUUUUAAUAAUUUAUAAUGAACUAAGGUGAACUAUUGAUUAAAUGAAAUUGAUAACAGAAUAGUUUACUAGAAUUUUUAUUUUAAAUAAUGUAAAAAGUAAAUAAGUUUUAUAUUUGUAUUUAAGAUUUCGAAAUAUUUACAUUUACGCCCUUACCGUGUCACGAUAAAAAAUAAUUGUGAUGUCUAGCAUAAGCAUUGCUGCGGCAGCUUUGCUUCACGUAUUACAAAUUAACUGAUUUUUGGAAAAUAAGUGCAAUUUGACAAAAUGUCUGACCAAACUGAGGAAAAAUCAGUCAUCAACGAGAAGAUGAUUUUAAAAAACAAUCAUAUCUUAACCGUUGUCCUUAUCACCCUUGCUAUACCGUUAUCAAUGUCAAUGUGGAUUAUAAAUCUUCUUUAUUCGAAAUUAAUACUAAAUACUGAGGGACUUGAUGAACCCAUAGUAAUAUCACCAGCAAGAUGGUUAGCUUCUUGCUUAAUACCUAUUCCUAUAGCAGUGUCAGGUUACAGAAAGAAAAGUGUGAAUAUGAGUGGAGCUCUGUUGGGUUCAGUAGUAGCAUUUGUAUUGAUUUUAGCCAAUUAUUGUUUUUUGGCAGACUUGCUAAUAUUUUUCUUAUCAUCAUCCAAAGUAACACAUUUUAGACCCCACAUAAAACGAAAGUUUGAAGAAGAUUUUAAAGAAGGUGGUCAAAGAAAUUGGAUUCAAGUACUAUGCAAUGGUGGCAUGGCUACUCAACUAGGGCUUCUUUAUUUGUUAGAUGUUGGUGCAUCCGAAAGACCAAUUAAUUUUGUAAACGACUACAGAGCUUCUUGGCUCAGUAUUGGUGUACUUGGUGCUUUUGCCUGCUGCAAUGGUGAUACUUGGGCUUCAGAAUUAGGAACAGUUUUAAGUAUAUCUGAUCCAGUUUUAAUUACAACAUGGAAGAAAGUACCUAAAGGCACUAAUGGAGGAGUAACUCUUAUUGGAACAAUUAUCAGUACCGUUGGAGGGCUUGUGAUUGGAUUAUCUCACUAUUUAACUAUGUUAUAUUUUGCAGACAGAGAUUUAUUGAUGUAUGCACCUCCACAGUGGCCUAUUAUUUUAUAUGGAGGACUGGCAGGUUUUCUAGGCAGUUUAAUAGAUUCUAUUCUGGGUGCAACAUUACAAUUUUCGGGUAUAGAUAAUAAUGGAAAAAUCGUUUCACACUCAAGUUUAACAGUAAAACAUAUAAGUGGAAGAAACAUACUAGACAAUCACAGUGUAAAUUUAUUGUCAACAAUAAUAAUAGGCUUAUUGAUGCCAACUAUAGUUAAAAAUUUAUAGUUAUUAUCAAGUGUAAACUUUAUAUUUACUUAAUUUAAAUAUUGAUAAUUGUCUUAUACAAAAUUAAAUGUACCUAUGACCUUUAAAGUUAUUGAAAUUUUUUUAUCUUUAUCUCAACUUGUUUAAAAGUUCGAAGUACUUAUAAUGAAAU